AGGGAGGGGUGAUCCCUUUGUGCCCGGGCCUCCUGUAGUCUCCUCCACUGGAAUUAAUUAGCCUCUUUCUGACAGAAGACACCCUUCCAUUGCAGCCCGUGCCCUCAAACACACACUGACAUCAGGACAGCCACACUGACUGACUGACGGAGUAUAAAACAUCAGACUUGGAAUGGCAAUAAAAGAGGAGCUGAGGAGCCGUCAGUUUUGGCAGGGGAUUUUGGCAGAGGUUCUUGGUUCCUUGGUCUUUGUAUCUGCUGUGUUGGGCUCUUUAGUGCCGGGGCCGGACGGGGCCUCCCCGGGGCCCAUCUACCCUGCACUAGCUGCUGGUAUGGCAACUGUGGUUCUGGGAUAUUGCUUUGGUGAAAUCAGUGGGGCUCAGGUGAAUCCUGCAGUGACUGUGGCGCUCUUGGCCACGCGUAAGGUGGAUGUGUUCAGGGCGCUGGUUUAUCUGGUUGCCCAGUGUUUGGGGGGGAUCCUCGCCACUGGCCUUAUGUACCUCUCGCUGCCCCUAAAGUCCACCGCACAGAACUACAUCAACAAGGUCCCAGUGGAAAUGAACGCAGGUCAAGCUCUUGUGAUGGAGAUGCUUGCCACGUUUGUCCUGGGUUUCACCGUAUUUUCUGUGGAAGAUCAACGCAGGAGAGAAAUAAAUGAACCUGGAAACUUAGCCAUUGGUUUUGCUGUAACCACUGCAAUCUUUAUCGCUGGGAGAUUUUCUGGUGCCAGCUUGAAUCCAGCUCGCUCCCUUGGUCCCGCUAUAAUACUUGGAUAUUGGGAACACCACUGGGUUUACUGGAUCGGGCCAAUAUUAGGUGCAGUCCUGGCUGGAGUAUCCCAUGAGUUUAUUUUUGCCCCCAGUGCGUCCAGACAGAAGCUAGUGGCCUGUCUGACCUGUAAGGACAUUGAGAUUGUGGAGACGGCCAGCGUGUCUCGAUCGUCCCUGUCCACCGUCACACAGAGCGCCAUGAGAAACAAACAAAGCAACAAACUGGAGCACAGCUAAGAUUUAGCUGAUUAAGAAUUCAGUUUUUUUAUAUUUAAUCAAUGUCACAAACAACCAGUUGCUGGGUGUUAUUCAUGAAACAUGAACAGAACAAAUUUUGUGUAAUUUCUAUAUAACCAUUCUUACAUAAAUUGCACAUUGCAAGUUAUUAAGAACAGAUUUAAGAAUCAUUUACACAGAAGUCUGUCCUGCUCGUGUUUCACAAAUGAGGCCGAUCAAGUGGAAAAUGUUACCACAUAUUUCCAUAAAGUCUGUAAAUAUUCAAAGAAAAUGUUUUCAUGCUAGAAUGUUCUAUUGUGGAUCAGAAGCAGUACGGCCUAGUACUGUCUGUAUUGGUCUCUGAAAAAUGAAUGCUGUUUGUACAAAACCCUCAGCUUGAACAUGAGUAGCUAUAAAAGUGCCAAACAUAUGCCUAUGUGGCUUUAGCUUGCUAUUUUGGUUCAAUAAUAUGGUAACACUUUAUUUUGAUUAUCCACUUUAUACAUUCUACUAACUAUAAGUAACUUUGCAACUACAUGUCAACUAACUCUGAAAAGAGUAUUAGUAGACUGUCUGCUUAAUAAUUGCUAACACUUUUUUUGGAUGAUUCCCCCAACAGACAUUCUACUGACUGUAACUUUGCAACUAUGUCAACUUAGUUACCCAAACCCUAACCUAACAGUCAACUAACAGACUACUAAUACUCUAUUGAGAGUUAGUUAGACCAUCGAAAUAAUGUGUAACCUUUCCUAAAUCCACCGUUGACCAAAUAUCAACUGAAUUUUGUUUUUUUGCUAUAGUUCAAAGGGUUUAACAGCUUUUAAAGUGUUAUAUAUGUCAGUGUGUUUGUUGAUAGUCAUUAUAUCUUUAGAUUAAUUCUUCUGUAGUAAAAAAUAUAAUUGUGCUCUCAAGAUUUACUUUGUUUAUCAUUUGGAGCAAAAGUUGACUUUCAGAUUUAUGAAUAAUGGGAUUCUUAAACUCUUACUGUAUUUGAGUCAUAUCAAACUGUAAUCUUGUGUAAAUGUUAUUAAAUAGGAGUACAAGCACACCCGCACAUGUACAAUAACCUCAGCAUUUAUGUUUUCUCUCAUAGAUUUGCUCUGCUACAAAUUACUCUGAUCCACAUUUCAACUUGUAAUUGUAGCAUAAUUUAA